CUGUAUACACCACCCUUAACGAUAUGUCUGAAAAUCUAGAUGGUGAGUUCAAACCGUCGCUUCAGUCUGAUGCCUCAUCUUUGUUUCAACUUAUUGACAGGUUUGAUUUCGUCGUUGCUUUAGUUAUCACGAGAAAUAUUCUUGAUUCAACUCUUCCAGUAACACAGUUAUUACAGGGUAAGAGUAUCGAUAUAAUGGAUGGUAUUCAUUUAAUUUCAACUUUGAAAACUGAGGUGGUGAACAUGAGGAAUUCCUCUGAUUUUUAUCAUGACACCUGGUAUGACGAAGCGCUUGAACUGGCAGCAAAAGUUGGCAUUGAAGAAUGGAAACCAAGAACAGUGCGCAAACAAACGACCAGGGAAAAUAUUCCCCACACAACCAUUUCUGAGUAUUAUAAACGUGCAAUUACUCUUCCUCUACUAGAUCAUUUGCAAUCUUCUUUAGAAUCACGAUUCGACCUUGAGAGUGUGAAUGUCUAUAAAGGCCUUAGCAUUGUACCGACGAAAAUGAUGUCCAUGACAAGAGAUGGGGUGGAUUGGAAAGAGCCAUUCAAAACUGUGGCUAACUUUUAUUAUGAUGAUUUGCCAAAUCCUUUGGCCUUAGAUGCUGAACUUAGGUUGUGGUACACUUAUUGGGAGACCCACUGCGGCCUCCUUCCUGAUAACAUUGCCCAGACUUUAAAAUCUGUUCAUUUCGCCGGAUUUGAAAACAUUAAAAUUUUACUACGUAUUUUAGGAACGCUCCCCAUUACCUCUUGUGAAUGUGAACGAUCUAUUUCUUCCCUUAGGACACUUAAAAACUAUCAGCGAAGUACCAUGGUUGGGGAACGCUUAAAUGGUUUGGCCUUGAUGCAAAUUCAUCAGGAAAUUGUACCAGAUAUUGUGUUCCUAGGCAUGCUGAUGAGCCCUGAUAUGGGGCGAAACAGUCUUGUGUGCAUUCAAUAUUCUGAAUAGUGAAAAUCAACGACCUUGUGAUAUGUAAGUAU